CAUUUGGCAAGGCAAGGGAGAGAUUAGCAAAAGGGGAGGUCGAGAGAAGAAAAAUAAGAAGAGAGUCAGGCUCGCAACCCGACGACCACAAAAAUGCACAACCAACAGCAACACCCACCUCCUGCACCACAACCUCCCGUACCCAUAUCUAUCACAAUCUGCGGCGAUGGCGGUUGUGGUAAGUCCUCUAUAACACUACGGCUAGUACGAUCUCAAUGGACGUCCGAAUACGACCCGACCAUCGAAGAUAGUUACAGCAUUACACGACGAAUCGAUGGCACAACCUACCAUCUAUCCCUCACAGACACAGCCGGUCAAGAAGAAUACCGCGGCAUGUGGGCAUCUUCCAAUCUUAGCGCCGAUGCCUUCCUUCUCGUUUACGAUAUCACUUCCCACGACUCCCUUGACGCCCUAAACUACUUCAACGACCUGAUAGAUAUGGAAGCCGAGACGCGUCUAGAUAACGCGGCAAGGGCACGGAAGGCUGGUCUUAGUGCGGGUGCUAGAAGAGGUAGCAGUCACGGGCUUGGCGGUGCUGGUAGUGGCGCAAGGACAAUACCACCGGUUAAAAUCGUAGCUGGUAACAAAUGCGACUUACAAGAAUCACGGCAAGUUCCGGCGGCACAGGGGUUAGAGUGGGCGCGAAAGCGCGGUUGCGGAUUUAUGGAAACAAGUGCACGACUCGAGGUCAAUAUCGAGGAGACGUUCGCGCUCAUAGUACGUCGCGUCGUUGAAGGUCGUCGCCUAGCUGAGAUGGGUGUUCUUGAUAACACUGAGAUGGACCGCCGAGGUGUUACGAAACCCCUGACGCCACUUGGAAGUACUGAUGACCGCGAUACCGAUACCGAGAAGCCCGCCCGAGGGGGUCUGAUGAGAGGACCUCGACUAGGUGAUGGUCAAAGGUUAGGGUUUGGAGGUAGAGGGAAGGAUGGAUUCUGGAGGAGUUUGAGGUGUUGGUAGAACCGAAUUGGAGUUUUACCGUGAACCCUUGCCGGUUAGAUGACUGGCCGGCUGCCUUGUCGAAUGUUGAGCAUGGCAAAUGGAUUGGAAAAUAAAACACGACGGCAAGCCCCGUGAAUAUCGAGACGACAGACUCCAGCAAGCCAAUCAAGAAAAGUUUUUGUUUUUAAGAGAAGGGGAAAAGGUUAUGAUAGCUAGACGCUAGUAGAGGAC